AUCACCGAUGCGCGAAAGAGGGACAAGUAGUUCUGCCUGUUUUUUCUUUUAAAGUGGGGAGGAGCAACAAAUGCGAAUGUGAUCGUGGUACAAUAAAAAUAUUUAAUGAGCUACUUCUAUUGGUCAUUGAUUUAGGGGUGCACCUUUGUGUGCAUCUCUUACGAUUUCUCGAUUUUCCGGAUAUAAUAUCGAGCUGUAGUUGACAAAAAAAUAUCUCGCGUAACUAUUUUCUUUUAUUUUUUUUAGCGUAUAUUCUUUCUUACUAUAUAUCUUGGUACACUUCUUAUUACACUGUAACUCGAAACAACUUGAAACUUUCAUUUCCAUAAACAUCUGGUUUUUUAUUUUAGAUUCACAUAGAUGAUUAAAUAUAUAUAUAUUUUGCAUUGCUGGUUACCUAAUAAAGAAAAUUAAUAUUAUGAUAAAGACAAUCAUAUAAAAAUAUCAGGAAGUUAUUUACUUCUUGCAAAAUAUUAAGUAUUUACAUUUUAUACAUUGCGUUGCUGUAAUUUACAUAGAACACCGUGAUAAAUUGUUCAUUAGAAUUUUUCAUUAUAAAUGUGAGUGUAAAAUAGUAUAAAUAAAUAAAAACAAUAUUUUCCACAAAAUCGAUUAUCGUUAAUUACAUGUUUGUAUCAUGCAGUUCUUGUCAAUUCCUUCAUAUAUUGCAUAUACAUAAAAUGUUGUAUUAAUAAAUUAUUCACAAUUCUGUCGAAUCACUUGUAUUAUUUCCAUUUUGUAGGCGCUUGAUAGUUCCUCAAUGCGACAGGAAAGAUAUUAAAGAUAAGAAGGUAUUUAUAUUUCAAUAUAUGAUAAAUCAGGUUAGCGAAAACUAAGAUAAUAAAACACUAUCAAUAAGCAAUUCUUACUAUAAUCUUUUCUUUAUUUUUUUAACUAUUUUAUGAACAGUCUUUUGUUGAAUAAUUAAAGAAACAAUUAUAAUAAGAUUUUUUUAUAAAUAAUAUAUAUUAAGCGCAAUAUAUAAUCACACAAUAAAAAUAAAAAAUUAAUUAAUCAAUAAGAUUCGGUUUAACUGAUGUAUUCCGUUUUUUAAUUAAUUAUUAGAAAAGUUUAGUGAUACAGAUUUCUUCAUUAUUUUUAUCUUUUCAGAACAAAAUUGUUAGAUUUGUUGUACACAAUUGUGCCUGGUACGAUUUGGAACCUAAACGCAAUCGCAUUCUGUUAUUCGAUACUGUGAUUGAUACUCAGAUCGUAGAAGCAACUGACGCUUGCAAUUAGGAAAAUGAUGGAUCCUUCGUUACAAUGCUUUGCAAGAGUAAGAUUCAUGCACGAUACAUGAGGAUAAUUUCAUUUGGUUAUACAUAACAUUUGCCAUGUUUAUGUAUCUAUCAUGUUUAUAUUUGCUUAUGUUAGUUUUUUUUAUUACGUAGAUUAUUUAAUAAGUAAUGUUAUUAUAUACAUUCAAAAUGAGAUAGCUUAAGUAUAAUAAUAACAAAUAUAUUAAACGUUGUUAUAAAUCAUAAUUAAAUUUUACGGGAUACUUAUCGAUGGUAUUGGCGAGUCCUUUUUCAUCUCUUUAACUUUCAAUUGACAGUUCUAAAAUAUGUAUCUAGUAAUAUAUAAACUCAUUAAUUAUAUGAGUACAACAUAAUUUUUCGAGUACAUACUCCAAAAAAAUAUAAUUCAAUCAGCAAUAAAAUAGUAUACAGAAUAAUAUUGAACUCUGUAGUACGGUAUCUCAAUAUAAGAGGGAAUUGUCAAUAUGUAUAUCUCGAUUUCCACGAAUCCCGCGACGGCUAUCCCUUCCUUCCUGGCGCGACCCUUCGGAAACUCCUCCGUUUUUCCUCAGAUCAGUGCGCAUGAUUUUUUUCGUAUUACAAACCGGGCUGCAUGAUCGUACAUCGUCCUGCAUGAUCGUGCAUUUUUAAUGGAAAUUGCACGGUACCGCAACGUUCAGUGCGUAGAGCGGAAGGACAGCCCCCUCGGUUUCCCUACCAUCCGCAAAAUCGCCGACCACAACUUCAUCGUAUCCGGAGCGAUGAAAAUAUUUAAUGAGCUGUCCCCUGCUCGGUCGUCGACGGGACGAAGGUAGGUCUAGCGGCAAGUGACCCUUCGGUAUCCUUCAGUCCAUCCGCAGCAUCUACAGGUGCGCGUCUCGUACCUCUAUCGUCCAUAAAUCUGUUCCGCGAUCGCGCUCGACGUUGAUGUUCCUUCCGCGCGCGCUUCAGUUUAUACGCGAGCGUUGUGUGGAUCCGUUUCAUUAAUUCCCGUCGACUGGUGAUCCGCCCACAUUAAACAUUCUAUCCUUAUUCUCAAUUAACACGUUCUCAGUGAACCGAUAACAAAUCGUUUUCUAAUAUCUCGAUUUGAAAAUUCGCAAUCUUAAAUAAGUAUUUCUCGUUUCCUCUGAAGGAAAAGUUUCUCAAAAGGGGAGAACGUGCAUGGCCCAGCCUCAAUUUACCUUCUCAUCGAUAUUGAUUAUGUCAUAAAGUGUUCGUGUCCAUUGAUCGACCGAGAAUUAAACUUUGCCAAAUGAUGUCUACUAAUAUAAUUGCCCGAUCGAUCGAGAUUGGGCUUCGGGUCGCAGGCAUUUGGCCAGGCGCGGCUUACGUGAUUGUCAAACGAUUUUUAUGGACCAUAACAAUGAUAGCUGCGCAGAUCUUUCAGUAUCGCCACAUGGCGUUACACCUUAAUUCCGAGGACAUCUCACAGCUGAUGGACGGCCUAAGCGCGACGCUGUCGUACAGUUUGUUGUUUGUCAAGUUGAUUGUUUUCUGGACGAAACAACGAAUAUUCAACGACGUGUUAGCGAGCAUCACGAUGGAUUGGGAGGAAUGCAGGGACACCCUGUGUACCAUGAGCGGCGUGGCCAAUCUGUCGCAGCGUUUCUCCAAUUUGAUCAUCGGCCUGCACUCAAUGGCCGUGCUGUUCUACUGCAUCGGCGUCGUCGCCCUGCGCAGCGACGACGUUGCCGAUCGUGAACUUUUUCUCAAAAUGGAGUUACCCUUCGAGAGUAGCACGUCGCCAAUUUACGAGGUCGUCUUGACCGUGCAGUUUCUGCAUCAGAUGACGGCCGCCACCGUGAUCGGCGUGCUCAGCGCACUGCUCGUUACGCUGGUGCUCCAUGCGGGCGGUCAAAUAGACAUUUUGCGGGAAAGAUUAUUGGAAAUUUUACCGAGAAAAAAGAAACCAACUAUCUCUGUAAUUACAAUAGGUUCAUUAAUUCGAAGACAUCAGAACAUUAUCGUUUUCACCGAAAAGAUCGAGAGUUUGUAUUCGUAUAUCGCGUUGGUCCAGUUCAUAUCGAACACUCUCGUUAUUUGCUGCCUAGGCUUUAUCAUCGUAAAUUCGAUCGGCGACGAUCAAGGCUCCUCUAUGUUGGUGAGGUCUCUUUUGUUUUACGUCGUCAUUAAUUUAGAAGCGUUCAUCUUCUGCUUCGCCGGCGAAUACUUAAGUGUCAAGAGCAAAAUGAUCGGCGACGCGGCGUACGAGUGUAUGUGGUACGAUUUGACUCCCAGCGAGAAUAAAAUCCUGCUAUUCCUAAUAAUGAGGUCGCAAAAACAAUUGACGAUCACCGUCGGCAAGUUCAUGAAUCUCUCUUUGAAUCAGUUUGCGAACAUCAUUAAAUCAUCAGCGUCAUACGUCUCUGUGCUACACGCGUUAUAACAACAUGAUUAUCACGACUAUGUAACUGUUAAUAUUGAGUUACUGGUAUUGCUGAAAAUUGCGCAUGAUGGAAGAGUAUUCUAUUUUUAAUAAAAGUCAAUGAUCAGCUGACGUACUCUUGGUUAGUGUCCUACUAUUGCAAUAAUAUUUGCGCAUAUGUUGUUAAACGCGAACAGUUUACGCCGCCGGCUCACUGAAAAUAUACCGUUGCUUCUGAGAAUCGGGCGGAAGGAAAAUAUUUUUCGUAAGGCUGAGAAAGGCGCGUACGUCACGGGCUUUCAUCCCCCUAAAAGAACUUUGAAACGUCGUUCCGCGCUAAAUUGCGGAAGUUACCCCGACGCAGCGGGGACUCUCCCCUUCCUUCGUUCUCCCGUUGUACUCGCAUGUAACUGGUUUGCACAAUCGUGCCAGAUGGCCACAACGAACAGAUCGAACGACAAAAUUAUACUGGGAUUACUUAGCGCUAUUUCGCACAUACAAUCAGGACGCUUUCACGCGGCAGCGGAAACCAGCCUGCAAGGGGACAAUUUUAUUAGAGACUAGUGUGUGUCUGCGAAGCGCGAGCUGCUGUAAUUCUAUAUCGUCCCACGCGACCGCUCAAUUUACAAACUUUGAGUUUACACCGACGAGGAAAAAGAAUUUAUACGACGUGUUAUCCGGCAAAAAUACACAUUUUACACACGGCGACUGUGCCAAGGUAAUGUACAAGGAAAUAAGUUGCGCAAUUCUAUCAGCAUAUACAAAGAUUCCCGACGUGACGUUUUCUAAAAAGAAGUUUUUCAAUUGACUAUACCCUCAUUUUCAAUUAGAUUUUAAAUUAAAUCUUUUUAUCAAAAAUAUAAAGCAAUAAUUUAUUAUGGAUUAACCUUUUGAUUUUUGUUUUUUAAUUAAAAGUUCCAAGCUUCUACUGUUCAAUAUCUUGAAGAGACAAAAAUUUAACGUUUUUGUGUUAAAUAUCUUUUAAUAUUAAUUAUUUAUAAUAAUUAUGACUGAAUCUGACACUGUAGGGGAUAUGUUGGUUCAAAAAAUUGCCUUGUAAGUUUAUUUCACGUACAGAGAGAAUGGGAUCUUCCAAACAAAAACUUUUAUCCCCGGCGGUCUCUACAUCGCUGUAGGAUAUCAACUUUCUAGAUUGUCUAAGAAUUAUAUCCUGACAAUGUAAAUCAUGAAUUUUCGCUUACGUCAGACUCCACGUAGUGGCGAUGUCACCGCAUCUUACUAAGUACGGAAUUAUCGGGGUCGGAGACGUUGGCGUCGUAAAUUCCUUCUCAAGUUCUCAUCGCCACACGCCAUGAAAAUUCUUGAUUUUUGCAUUCAUAGUCACAUCAACGUCGACUAUUUUAUGACUUUCUUGAAUUUAUUGAUAUGCAACAUAAAAUGUGAAAUAAAAAAAACUGUUAAUAUUAUACACAGUAACAUUUUUAAAUUGAAAAAUUGCUUGUGUCUUUUUUUUUAAAGAAAUGCAGGCCUUUGUAUUAUCUUCUUAGAUUAACUCGAAUUUCUGACAAAAAUUAUAUAAAAUAUGGAUCGGUUAUUUAAAUCGUUUUUUUGAAAAUAUGGCAAUCUCUCUGCUAAAAUACAAUUAAAUUUAAAAGACAAGUGUGUUAUGAACUAUUAAAAUUAUUAUAUAAUUUAAUUUUCUAUUUUCCAUUUAACAUCUUCGAUUAUAAAGCGGUAUAUGUAGAGAAAAUGGAAUCUGUAUACUUUGUCAUUUGUUGCUACAAAACGUAACGCGGCACCGUUAUGUCGGAAGGGGCCAGAAUUGAUCUCAUCAAAACAAAUGUAAUUUACUUGAAUUAAAUCGAGUUAAUUUUAUAUACGCGAAGGAUAUGCGGUUUAUUUCUCCACCGCGAAUCUCCAGCGAGUGAAGAUCUCGCGGGCAAGAUCCCGCAGGUAAUGAACGGACUAGUCGUUUCCAACUUUUUGGCGUUUAGAGGCAGUACGAUUUUCCGCGGAAAGCUGCGCCAGCGGUGGUAGUAACAGCGACGGCGACGGUGAUGGUGGUGGUGGCGGUGGCGGCGGCGGCGACGACAGUGGUGGCGAUGGCGGUGGUGGCUAUGGCGGUGGUGGAAGCGGCGGCGGCGGCGACGACUUCCCCGGGCCGAGCGAAUUGGUCUCCAUGGAAACCAUCCCGAAGCCAAUCCGGGGUGCAUUCGUACGUACAUUACCCCUUGUCGUGGCGCGUCUGCAGCACCCCCUCUCUUCUCCCCGUCUUCCGCUUACCACCCUCAACCCCUGUAAACUCGCACCCUCUCUCGCUCUCAUCUCCCGCACGGCUCUCCGCUCUCUCCGACAUUUUCUGUCCGUCUGCCUUUCUCUUUCCCUCUUUCUCUCUCUCUCUCUCUCUCUCUCUUCCCCUUUCUGUCUCUCGGUUCAAGUUGUUCCUUCGUCCGCAAUUCCUCACUGUUCCCCGUCUCUUUUUCCUCGCCUUUUUCGACCAUUUUAUUUAUUCCUUAUCCUCUUUUAUUGUUUUGUCUGCACAUGGCUCUUGCCAACGUAUCUCCACGCUUCCAUUUAUUCCAUCGCGCUCCGGUGAUCCCGUCACUUGUGAAUCCAAGAAUAAAGCUUCCGUCUCUAUUUAAACAUUUUUGUCGACAAUGAACAUGCAUGGAUAGAAAUGGUAUUAAAAAAAACGAAAAAUCGACUUCGUCUGUGUAUAAUGCGCGUUAAUACUCUAAAUGAACUUUUCUCACGUUAAAAUAUAAUUCUCAAUAUUCAAACAUCUAAGUCAUUCCAAUAUGCCAUUUUUGUAAUCUAGGUCGAGAGUUGAAAGAACUGCAAUUCAAUCGAGCUCUGGAGUAUAAAUUAAACAUUUCGACAUUCUAUACAAUAGAAAACUUUUAACAAAAAAGAACAAUUUGUUUCUUCAUAACAAUGUUUCUGCGUUCUCCAAGAACCGAUAUUCAAGGCCUCUUAUUAUGUUAAGUAAAUUGAUGUAAUUUAAAUAUCACCCUUACUCGAUAUGUUUCUUCUAUUAAACACGUUAUUUACAUUAAAAUUGUAUUAGAGCUGUUUUCUCGCUAUCAAAGGAUUCCUUUUGCCAGUCGUUCGUCAUAACAUCCGUUGAUACUCCGUUGCUCUUUCUCUUCUCUUUCAGCCUCCAAUUUUUCCAGCUACCUCUUAGUUUCUAAGCGCAGCAUACGUAUUCUUUAUUCAGCUCUCGUUUAUUUCAGUCUAUGAGGUUAUCGCUGGAUCCAUAAAGCGACGAUGUGACAUGUCGAUCGUUACGUGACUCUACAGAUGUUAUUACGUGUCCCAUUACUCUUGCUCCGAAUAUUCAGCAAUUUAACUUGAGAAACGACGCAAGGAUGUAUUUUGUUCACAUCAAGAUUAAUAAAUUACGCGACGCGUUUCGUGCGUUUAAUUAUGCCUCAAGAACAAUAAAAAUCUUAUUGAAAACUGGAAUUUAGAAAUAGAUAUUGUAUAAAUUAUAUAUACUUCUAAAUUCCAAAUAAAAUUUAUUAUAUCGUUCUAAUAUAACGUACCAUUAAGAUAUUAAGUUAAUAUUUGUGUUCAUUAAACAUUUAUAUAUAUCGUGAUAAUUUUGCGGGAAAGGCGAGUAACUCUCGAACUUUACCCACGAGAAUUCGAAGAUUUAUUUCGUCUUAGACGACUUCGACAUCGAUUCCAGAACUUUGCUCGCAGAAGGUGCCACGAAUGAAAUCGAAUCUCGUCUCGCCACAUGUGGGUGUCGGUUCCUUUGUUUUCUCAUGAAAAACCGACGUUGUAACGCUCAUGCGUAGACGAGAAAGGAUCACAAGAAAGUUCGAUAACCUUCGAAGGAAACGCGGCUCCAUCAUUGAAAGCUUAGGGUUUAUCGCCGUUUUAUCGCUUCGCAAUACAUAUCUUUUCUCAAUUCAUUGAAUUCUCGAAGGGUAAUUAUGAAGGGCAAUUACGAAACCACUUUAUUCGAUCGUGUAAGUGUAAACGACUGUGUAAUCACAGAAGUUACUAAAGCACAAGCGUUAAAAACGAGGUAAAUUGUUUCAAUACCAUUAAAUUGAUACUCAAUACGAAAGCACCUAUUAUUCUAAUUUUCUAAAAUGUGUCACAACACGUUUCUCGACCAAUUCACGUAACAUUUAAGCGCGAUUCUUAAAGACGCACACGCGUGCCAAUAAAAAAAUUAACAUAAUACAAUCAUUGCUCAUAAUUCACACAAUUAUAUAAUUAGGAUAUGUAAACGAGUACGAUAAGAAAACUGGUUUGUAAUUCAUGCGCUACCCCUCCGGUUAUCACUCAUGAAUCACUGGACGGUCACAUUUCUGCCCCUCCCCCUCCCCCCUGCAACCGGCCAUCGGUAGAAUUAAAAUUCAUACCGAACGCAUUACUCGGCCGCAAUUAACAUGCAUUAAUGCGCGGUGGUUUUUCAUCGAGGCCGACAGGUGCGAUCAGCCCGAUUUAUGUAUAAUUCCUUUUUCCCUCUGGCGACGUAAUUAACGCGCGCAUAAUCUAAGUAUGUAUAUUACGAGUAUGUAUAUCACGCACGUUAUUGAUCGUGUUUCAAUGUACACUGCUAUCAAUAGAGCAGAAGAUAGUAUUGUAAAGUAUUAUAUUGAAAUAUAAACAUUAUAUUUUGUACGUAUUAUAGCCACUCGUAAUUUUUUCAUUAAGUGAGAAAUUCUAAUUAUACUUAUGGAGCCACGGAACUAAUAUAUCAGCAUACAACAACUGACAUUUUUAUAAAGCAUUUCUAAUUUUGAAAUUUUCUUCAAAGUACUUAACGUUAAAUUACACAUUCUUUCCUAUAAUACAGUCUAUAUACUGAAGAAUACGUAUGUUUUCAUAUGUAUAUAUAUUCCGUAAUAUUAAAUAUACAGUUUUAUAAUAAAACGCUGUACUUUUUCAAACAAAACAAUUUUUUAAAAUCUGUUAGAAAGAGCCAAUUACUCUUGUUUCUCUCCGAUCUAUUAUAAAAUGCCACAAUUUUUAUGAACAUCCUAAAUAUUACAUAUUUUAUAAUUUUAUAGAAGAAAUAUUAGCGAAUAAAAAUGGUUUAAUUUAAAAUAUUAAUUAUUAAUAAAGUUGUAAAAUGUAUAAAUGGAAAACCAUAAUUCUACCUUCUCCUCUACUGAAAAUCAACAUUAUAUGUAGUAAAUUACACAUUUUCAGUGCAAAUGCAUAUUUGGGACGUAAAGCGACGUAAAUUAAACGUUCCAACACGGUUCACAGAGGCGGCAAAUUCACGCGAUGAUAACCGUCGAUCCUUAUCGUACGCGCCGGCAUAGAGGAUCAUGAGAACGUACGCCCGGCACGUCGAGCAACCUAGACGACGAUCGCACAGAGACAGAAUUUCUCGGUGCUCUGUGAGCAAACGAACGUUACGCGACAAGCCAUCUACGACCAAAGACCAUCCUCUCACGUACUACACGUAGACUCUUCGUAAGGUCUGUUUUCCUUUUUUCCACCUUUUCAUGUCACUUUCUUUCUCUGAGUUGUGAAAAAAAAAUUAAGAAAGAAACGAACAGUUCAGGAUUUAUUCUCAGUCCACAACGAGAGACGUUCUACUAUUAUUAAAUGCUUAGAACUAGCAUCAGUAUUGUUUGACGUGCCACAGUGCGGAAGAUGGUACGUCCAGUGCACGGGACAAACAGCACGCUCUCUACGUGACGUUUACUAUUGACGUAAUAAUUCGUAAUAGCUGUCGAUACCAAUGCGCAAAUAAAAAUUGGCACGCGCGCGAAGCUGCACUAAAGUUCUCAACGUCGAUUUCACGUUUUGCGCUGCUUGGAGAGAGCGUCCAGUGCACGCCUCGCACACAGCUACAAUUUAAUUUUCAAGUCGUCUCCCCCAUACUUCCGUAUGGGGUACUCGAAAAAUCAUCCAUGGAAGCUCCGUUAAAUCCAAUCCAUCGUGCAUAUAUAGUCAUGUCUUUCGUUAUUUCAAAACAAUUUAAAUUUAAAUCGCAAAUCCGUGUAUUUUGCUGUUGACGCCGUUGGUUCAUAACACGGAUUAAUAGCGGCGAAACUAUCUCGUUCGCUUGUGCGUUUUUAAAAUAUAUCAUAUCGGUUUUUUUGCAAUGGCACGGUGGAAAAAGGAUCGGGGGCGCCGGACGCCAUAACGCUGAUAGAAUUUUUUCCUCUGCGACGUAAACGCAUCGUCGCGCACGAAAGAGUCCAUGUAAUUCUUUCGAGGAUGCGAAUCUCCCAGAUUACUCUAGAGUGCGAAAGCGGAAUUCAUAUGUUUACGUCGUGUUUACGAGUAAACACCAGUGGGAAAUAUAAAAGCUCUGUUGACACAAUUUUAGCUUAAUGAGCGACUUAAUACAAUGAUGUUUAUGUAAUACCGCUUAGAAUGUUGAGUAAAUGUUGUUUACUUCGUGAAAUAUAAUACGAUGUUGUGUAGAAAAGUGUGUUUGCAUCGUUGUCGCGUGCAAUCGUUCAAUUUCCGUGAAAAUUAUUAACACGUAUGAGGUAAGGAUAACGCGAAUCUUUUAUCUACCGAAUAAAAAAAAAACUACAGCUCGCCACUUUGUGUCAAAAUUACUUUGUAUCUAUUUGAAUACAUUUCUUAUACGUGUGAUGGCGUUGAAUUUUGAGCAAAUACCGACAAAUACCGGUUGUGGAAUUGAGUUCACCCGCAAUUUGUCUUACAUCAAAUCGGUUCAAGCGGACUUCAAAGCGAGACGCUUCUUAGGGUCGACCGCUCGACUGUAUUCUCACCAGUUUCGGGCAUGAUUUACAUUCGAAUUGCGAGCAAUUCGACCUCGGCUACGAAGUGCGCUUAUUAAGUGCAAGCACCGGCUGAAAGAGACUUUAGUUCCCGCGUUAGACGUGACGGUAACGAGACUUGGUGGACAUCCUCGGUCGCUCAGGCGGCCACCGAGGGUCGGGAUAGUUAAUUAAGAUCUGUCUUCGUCUUUUCUAUACUCUCUCUCUCUCUCUCUCUCUCUCUCUCUCUUUGUCUGUCCUUCACCUCGCUCGCUUUACUACUCGCCCAGAUCUUCCUUUCUCGGUGUCCUUUCGACAUAUUUCGGAUUGAGAUCAAAGAUACGCUUUCGCGAGUUUUAAUGAACGCGAGAACGACAGCACCCGUAAUUAUUCAAUUACGGUGACGCUUGUCGUGAAUAUCGCUGGGAUGUCCACCAAAGAGAUUAUAUCAAAGGGGUAGUUGAAAAUCUCUUUGUCCGCAGAAUUGAGUAUUCUCUAUUACGCGAAUAAUUCCGCGGUGGAAAUUUGGAAAUUUGUGAGAGGGAGAACUUAGGAGCGAUUUAACUGUGACGCAAAGCUUCGAUUUAUCACAUUUAUUUAAUCUUCUCAAUUAAUAGAUGUAGAUAUGAAAAAUUUUAUAGAAAACGUUCAGGAAAAAAAGGACUCUGUGUCUCAAUUACUAUGUCAUCAAUCAUUGUAACGAGAUUAAAACACAGCUCAAUGCGGAGAUACUUCAGACACGAAACGUCAAUAAAAUAGAAACAACAUCUUCAAUGGAAGUGUCUUGUUUUCAAUUUACCACAUUCGAGGAUUUCCUGCGUAUUGUCGCAUUUAUUGAAUUGAGCCGAUAUCUCUUCUCCGAAUGAAAUGGCGCGGAAUAAAUCCUUUGACAAAUCGCUCGCGUUCGAACACACCGCGAAUUUAGGGAUUGAAUCUUAUCUCGUCGAUGCAGACAAUUCUCUAUUUUCGCGCAUCUCACUCGCGCGUGUGCCCUGCUCAUGAGGGCUGCCCUUUAAUCCCACAUACAUUCAUAAAGACUGCCUGCAAGCAAACAACUAAGAUGAAUUCCCGUUCCAUCGGCCAUCGGGAGAGCCCGUUUACACCGAAAGGGAUGGGCGGAGCGACAUAUGCGGGCUUCUUUCUUUGUUCUCCCGCACCCUUACGUUCUUAUCGAUUGGUUUCAACGUGACGAAUACGCACGCUGCCACCCACGCGUCUGAUCGAAAUGCGAGCGUGUACAUUCCGAGUGUGAGUUUAUACGUGUAAUACGCGUGUACGUGUGUUCUCGUGUAACGCACAGCAGGCACGAGACCGAGGGUUUCUCGCGUGUACAUCUGGCAGUUUCCAAUGAUAACGUCCGAACCGUGAAUAUCGCAAUAUUUGACCUCCGAUAUGAGAGCGCAGGGUGAAACUAUAAUUUCAUUUGCAGUUCCGCGUGGAAUUGUAACGGCACGUCGUGAAAAAUUGAUACAAUAUCUCGAAUAGUCAUCCAUUUAUAUCGUGUCGUGCGUCAACAACUGUCGCGCAGUUUUUAAAAGGCGUAAAAUGGAAAUUUCACGUUAAUUAAACUAUCCGGUCUUUAAUCGUACUUUCUGUUCUCUUCUCAUGUUGCAAUUUUAGUUUUAAUUAUAAACUAAGUCUUGUUGUUGGCCAAAUCGUUGUUCAAGAUCAACAACAUUAUUCCCGAUCGAAACUAUCGUAUAAGAUGAAGUAAAAUGUUAUUGGGUAUUUUGAUUCCAUUUCACAGAAUUUAUGAGAUAAUUUGUACCGCGUAAAAAUUAACGGUGCACGUAAUUCAUUGUACAUACUUCGUUUAAUUUCUAAAUUUAUUGAUCAAUAAAUGCGCUCUAAGGAAAGAGGUCGACCCGUACUGCGCCUUCCACGUAUUUUCUCGCGAAGCACCAACAAAACGGAAAGGAAGGGCUGCUCCUCUCCGGAGGUCUUAACUUUUAAUUUUUUAAACGUAUCCGCGGACGCCUCGGGAGAGCCAGAUGCGCGAAGCCCGUAAAAGCGCCUAGCAGUUACUUUCUGAUGGCCGGUACAAUUUGUGUAUACGAUCGCGUCGUACAUAGGAAACACGAGCAGUCAAGGAAAACUGGAGCAGGGGCUAUAACGAGCGAUACUUUUACAAACGAGAAUGUUCAUCUCUGUGUAAAACGUUCUGAAUAAUUAGACCAGUUAAUAGAAACAAAAGAGAGAAAAAGAGAGAGAGAGAGAGAUUUUAAGAAAUAUUUAUUAAUCGUGAAUAUUUCUCAGGCCGAUUCUGAAAUAUAUUGCUGACACAUCCGCUUGUGUAAUUUUGUAUGAUAUUCAUAUAUUCAUCGAUUAAUGGCUACGAAUCGAUCGACUUUUUUCUCUCUCGUCAAGCCUCUCUUUUUUUAUUAGUCCUGCUCGGGCGUUGCUGUAUUAAUUUUUGCUUUUACAUCUGUCAUGCUCAAUGCCUCACAUUGAAUAGCGUGCAGAUCCGCAAUAAAAAAAGUAAGCUUUUUGUAGAGCCGGUUUGUUAUAAUAUGGUGGGAUCACGGAGUUUUUUUUUUUUUUUUUUUGAAACUGCUCAGAGAGCCACGCCCGUGCGCUGCAGACGCAAGAUCGUCACUUCGGCUAUUGUUGCACCCCUUAUGUCGCGUGUCGUACUCGCACCCCCUCUAUUCGUCUUUAGUUAUGCUAAUUUUUGCGCGGGUCUCCCCACAAAAUCGUAUAUGAAGCGAAGAGAAUAUAAAAGCGAUUUCGCAAGCUUUGUUACGAGCAUAUUAGUGAAAUGUAAAUAUGUAAAAUUUUAUACAUACAUAUUAUAUAAAAAUUGUACGAUCGUAUAUGUUAUAUUUAAAAGGAGUAGUGUGUGAAAAGAAAUCUUAUUAGCGGUAAAGAGAAAUUAUUUAUACCGAAUUAAUAAAUUAAUAAAAAAAAUGUCACCAACAAUAAUUUUGUGAUCGAUGAACAGACAAGCAUGAUUAAUCACAGGAAAUUCUCAUUACUUCAUCUAUUCGCGUUUCUCAUUCUCGUUAUUAUUCGCACCAAUAAGUGACUGGAAAUGAAUCGCGAUUACAGUAAUCCCACGUAUAACACGCGCUCGGAUAAUAUUUCGUUAUAGCUUCAAGCGAGAGAAACCGUCCUCACGAGGGCAAUCGAGACCUUAGUACAUUCCGUAUUGUUAUGAGGCCAUUACACGACUGGGGGAGGGGGAGACGAGGGGGGGGGGGGUAACGGGGAGGCCCCCGACGAGACGCGUGUGCACGCGUGCAACCUCUAAUGGCAGAUGGUGUUGGAGACCCACGUUUGCGGCGCAGCUGCUGAAGGGCGGGAAGGACGGCACGAGCGAGAAAGGACGAAGGGGAGAGAGAAGACCCGCGGAGUCGCGAGGACCACCCGCGUGACCCCCGGUAACCGACGGAGGGGCCUUUCCUCACGUGAGCGCGCGCAUGCACGAAUUGUUCCCCAUAGCGCUCUCGAACGGUAACCUGUUGGUAUGCGGCUGGGCCCGUGCCAACUUGGCGAUUAUCCGCGUGACCAGGAGGAAAGGCUCGUCCGGGAAAACCGGGAACUAGCUGGUACGAGCGCGACGCGUACGCAUCACGCGAGAGAGCGUGAAUCCUGCAAUGUGCACCGCGCGCGUGCCUGUUGCAGACAACGGUGAAAAGCUCGGCCGUACGGAUUGCGAAUAAUGGAUGUACGUUAAGCACGCGAAACGGGUUGUCGUCCCGCAUACGUUCGUCUCGCUGGCUCCGUAAAUGGGAAAUACACGCUCUGUCGUUUAAAUUGAUUAGUAUCGGUAGUGCUAUAUAAUCAGAUUAAAACAGAGAGCAACGAGAGGCGCUCGUAGCCAAUCGUAUGUCAAGAUUUUCGGAAAAUUUACUUCCGUCCGUUUGCAGUAACAUCAAGAACGAGGUAUUUGAGGUGCGUUUAAAUUCAAUUCGGAUUGUAAUGUAUUGCUCUUUCGUUCUAAAGUCAUUAUUUAAUAGUUGAACAUAAUGAUUAAAUUUCGAUGAUUACUACGAUAGGAUUAUGAAAAAAAAAAAAGAAAUUUCAAUGUCUUGCAUAUCUGACAUUUUGUACAAUACUGAAAAAUAGGUGCCUUAUGUAGAGAACUCGAGUCUAAUUAACCUGUAUCAUAUAGUGAAAUAAGAAUAUAAAAUAUAAGCCCGUAAUAUGGAAUAAGGGCUUAUUUUUUGAAGAAAGCAUUCAGAUGGCAGUUGUUGCUGUUGUUGCAAAACAUGCUACAAUGAAUAGCGAAUCUUGUGCGAUAAGGUUUUCUUCGAUAUAAGUACUUAUUUAUUUUUCUUGUCUAGAGAUAUUACUGCACACUGUGUCAUGUUGCUAUGAGCUCAAAGUAAAUACUUUAAUACUUAUAUUUCAUAUAAACUUUCAAUAAUGUUGUAUGAUUAAUAUUAUGCUGUUUAAUUGCAAUUUUUAAUUUCUUUAUUGGUAAGGGAAGAUUUUGUUAUAUCAAGAUACAGGUAAUAUGAAAUAGUAGUAUAAAAAGGGAAGAGAAUGUAAAAUUUAUAAUUAUAACGUUUAUAUUACAACGUUCUUCUGUUGUUUUUAUUAAUUAUAUCUCGUAAAUUUUGAGAGAAAAAGAGAAUGCGUGUUAUUCCUUUAACUUUUACGACUUAACAUUCCACGACAAUGAUAAACAAAAUUUUAUCAUUGUCGAAAUCAAUCGCAAUUGUAGUUUCAUACUUCGUAUCGUUUCAGCAAUAAGUUCUACCCUAUCAUGGAAUCGGCGGAUUCUCAAUACUAAACAGCAGCUGCUGUUGUGCUCUCAACUCAGCGGGGGGAACAGCUGUCCUCUCUCCCUAGCCGCACUCGAACCCGGAUCCCGAUUCUGGUUCUGCUUGCCGUAUCUACCGCGCCAUAUGCGUGGAUGGAUUCGUCACUCGUAGACUGACCCGUGCAGCUUCCGAAAAACGUGUUUACCUAAAUGAAAUGAGAGUCGCGCACUCACGACAUCGAAUGCAUUCGAUGUUCGAAGCUCGAUGCGAACGAGUCGAUCGGACGCGCUGUUUCUGCCGUUAAAAUACCAAUUUCAUCUUUCAAAACAAUAAAUUUAUAGAAAUAAAUUUAUCUCUACAUUUGCACAUAAAUUUUUAUUUUAUAAUGGACGGCUCGGUCUUGUUUUUUGUUUCAAUCUAAAAUGAUUCAUGAAACAUAUAUAUUUCAAAAAUAUAUCAAAGACAUAAAUGUAAAGAGGAAUAUGAGUGAGAGAAAAUUUUAACACAAAACACACUCACACACACAUGUCAAGUAACAGCAAUAUUAUGUGAGUGGAUACCCCUAUAACGAGUUUUCUCUUGUUGCGCUUCGACGAUGUGACGACCGAUACGAUUGACGUAAACCGCAAUAAGCGUGGAUUUAUCGAGUCGGUAUCGAUACGCGAGUACCGGCCGCUGUUCGAGCCGCAGACGUGAAUAAAAAAAAAAAGGGAAACAAGAAGAAAAGAAACUAACCGAGCGAAGGAAGUAGGUAUGAUAGAGGAAACGAUGAAAAUUGUGGACAGACGUGAAAACGAUCGAUACGAGGUCUUUUAUUUCGUGAUGUAAGUCACUACUCACUUACGUUCACCUAUAUCGAUACCGAUGUGAUAAUGCAAAAGAUAAACUUCGAGGAAGAAACCUUUUUAUCUCGGGGAAUCUUCUCGGCGAUUUAUCAAUAUUUGUAAAUCUAAAUAUAGAUAUCCAAUGUUCCUUAAAACAUUUUGUAUCAAAGUUGUGUGCUCGAAAUACGAUAAUCAUAUCGUUUGAUCGAGUUCUCGAAAAAAGACCUGGUUACCCAAUUUACCGGAGAUUAUCCGGGGUUCGAAUCUCGCUGAGAAUAAUCUCGUAUCGUCAUUUUCAUCAUUAAAGAUUCUCUCCGGUCUCGCCGGUCUCGCCCUCCUUUGGCCUAAUAAACGUCGCUCCCCUUUUGCGCAUUCGCAACGUCGAUUAUGGCGUAACGCGCAUACUACGCGAGGAUGAUCGCGCGCGUGUCAAUCGACUCGCGUCGGCGAGUCGGCGAUGAGAGGGGUGGUUCACCCUCGACCUAAGCAGCAUUGUCCUCCUGAUUCUGGUCUCGCUGCCAGCUGUUGCCAUUUUUUUUUAUUUGCUCCCUUCUCGCUCGUGCUCGCCCUCGGGCUCCUUUGUCGAGCGCCGUACUCGUUCAUGCUAGUCGAUCCGAGCCGAAAUUAAUCAAAAGGGGGCGAUCGGUCGCACGUGGGCAAACCUCUUCUCCUCCUCCCCUUCCUCCUCCUCCUCCCCCUCCUGUUCCUCGCCCCUGCGCAGACGCACGCUUUUCCUCGAUCAAAAUAUUAAAUAGGGUAACCCCCCUUUGACAAUUCCGCUUCGAGAUCCAAAGGAACAAUGAGGGGAAUGAGAAGGGAAGAAGAAGGGGGAGAAGGAGAAGGUGAAAACGAAGAAGAAGCGAACGGCCACGUGCCAACCAUGGGAAUAUAAUGCCGCAACGGCCACGUGCUCAGCACCUAUCGGGUGUAGCAGCAGAAAACGACCACUGGUUGCGUCGCGACGGCUUACGCUUCCAAUUCCGUCUCCCUCGUGUAGCCCGCAAUAUUUAUUUGCAUCUGGGAUUUAUCUCCAGUGCGGAUCUCAACCGAGAAGCGUGAAAAUUGAAUCGCCACCGAUGAGAAAAUAGGGAGCCACUCUGUGUGUUACUUAUCCCCGCGAUUAAGUAAAUGCGUAUAGCAAUUGUUUCGAGCAGCUCCACGACAGUUGCACAAAUUUCAAAUAAUAUGGUCCAUCUACAAUAGAUGUAGAUCUUUAUGUUGUAAGAAAUCUACCAAUCACGGUCGAAUAAUAUACACUUGAUACAAAUGUUUAUAUAUAUGUUAUACAUAUAACUAUACACUUUCGAAAUUCACUUAUUAUCUCAAGCUUUUAUAAUUUUAAAUUUUCUUUUGUAUAUGUAGAUAAAAUAAACCAGUUUUUUUAAAUUAAUAUUUCCUUUUCUAUGAAAGUUACAGAAUAUAGUAAAUUUUAUGUGUAAUGGGAAACGACCCCUUGUAAAGUUCUAAUGAAAACGAUGUUAUUUUCUGACUCACGUUUUUACGUAUUGCUGAAUCAUUCGAUGGUCGUAACCGCAUCGCACGUCGUUACGGCAGAAAAUAAAACCGAAAGACCCAAGUGACAUGACGAAUCGCGAUUGGGUCAUAACGCGCCGCAAUUACGAUUCAGAAUUACAAGAAGGGGUGUAAAACAGCGACGCUAUCGUCGGUAGUUGCAUUGCCUGACGUUGCCCGUUAUGCCCUUUCCUUCCGCAUUAACUUAAGCGUCGAUAAAUUACUUUCUCUGCAUACUAAUAGAACUUAAGCGAGGGUAGAUAAGAACUCGCGACUCUCUGUGCCGCCAACUUUGUAAAAUUUUAAUCUAACUUCAACUCGGGAAAGCCUCAUAAAUAGAUGUCGCGAUAAGUCUCGAAACGGUAUUCGUUAUUUGCGGUAGGUACACUGUUUAUCAAUGUUCCAUUGUACAAAAGUACAAA